UCGUUUAUAUUUUAUUUACUUAAAAUUAUCAAAAAAACUUUCUUGAAUUUUAAAUUUGUCUUCUUGGUAUACGCUUAAAUUUCAUUACUAAAGAUCGCUGUGCUCUACGUCUGGCGAUAUUUGCAAUGUGACGACUGUGCAGCAACAAGUGUGGUCAACUUAACAUCAAUAUUAUUAUCUCUUUGGCCACACAUGCGCAUGCAUUAAUGAUUAUACGUAUAUGUAUGUUGUUCACGAAUCCCCAAUGAAUUGUAUUUUGAUCACAAGUACGCUAGGGCGUAUGAGUGAUGUGGAUUUGUGUGUGUGUACAAUCGAAACAUAUGCCUUUUGACGAAUUUCGCAAGCAAUACACAGACAUAUAGUACAUAUACAUAUAUAUACAUGCAUACAUGUAGAUUUGUGUGGUUGAUAUAUAAUAAUUUCGAAUCCACUUGUCAUUUGCGCAAAUGUCACAUACUCUCCGAAAUCGCUGCACGUCAAUGGGAACGCAUGAAAGUUCAAUUGAUAACAAAUUUUCUACGAAUAGCAUUGUUUAUCUCCCUUUUUAAAUAUAAACAAAUGCGAAUUAAGCAACUUUAUUACGUUUAAGUUAUUGUCUCAAUGAAAGCCUAUUGAUGGUAUGAGUGCAAUUUCCGGAGUCCCAGGGAAACGGUGCUUUUUCGUAUGAUUUUCCUUUCGGUUAUGGAUUCUGGGUAAUCUGAUUAACGUAAAUGAUAGAUGACAAGUUAUUUAUUAUACGAUUUAUAAAUGCUUAUUUGUAUUUUCGCAAUAAUACAGUUGUUUGUACAUAUUAUUAGUAUUUAUGCUUUUUCAGUUCAAAACCGUUUAUAUAAAUACUUGCCUCAGUUUGUGUAUGAACAUGUUGUUCUUUCUUAAUCUUUACUCUCUUCAACUUAUUUGUUAUUAAUGAGAGACUAUAAAGGCAUCACUUCAGUCCGAAUUUUAUAAUUAGUUAGACAAAGCUUUAGUCUGUUGAAGUUUCUUCUCGACUGCCUAGUGAAAAACUUUCUUACAAACACUUUCUAUAAUAAGUUAUAAUAUGCUGUCCAGAUUACAAUGUUGGCGAAUAGCAAUACUCUCCGUCGGCACAAUACUCCUGCACGCGAUCGCCACAGUGACGGUGGAUGCGUCGCUUAUAGCGAUGGCGACAACAGCGGCGACAGUGCUGACAACGGUGGCGGCAACACCGUCAUUGAACCCUUCAACGCCAGUGUUUCUAAGACGGGGCAUCCGAGUGGGAUACAAUGGCAACGCAGUUAUAAUAUGCAAAACAUUCGAUCGACCAAACACGUGGUUUCAUGAAGUUAUAGAAAAUAAAACAAGCGCUCCACUAAAUACUAAUAAUAAGCUUUUAAAAAAUUAUGCGGUGCUGCUCUUAAAAGGUGUUAAACAAACCGGUACUUACCGAUGCAUGCAAGGUGCGGAAAUUUUGAGCGAAACUAUUUUGACAAUUGCUGCACCAGGCUUAACAUCGCCGGAGAAAAUACAAAUUGGAAGCGGUGAUGACGCUGCGCUUGUUUUCGUCCAUGACAGCAACAUCAAAAACAUUACUUAUUUCCCUCGGAUAUUACCUUAUGAAUACAGCGAUUAUAGAGACGAGAAAAUCAGUAAAACUAAACUCGAUGAGCAGACAACAUUACUUUUGAUAAGGAAUGCAUCAGCUAAAAAGUCUACAUUCACAUUUGUAUAUGGGGAUGACCAAAGAAGCAAUGAAUGGGAACUCGAUGUGGGAAAAGCUCCGGAGUCAGUAGACAGUUUUCAAUGCAGAGGUUACAACUAUGAAUCUAUGAGAUGCAUAAUGUUCUAUCCACCAAAUAACUUACCAACAGAAUAUAAAAUAUCAUAUGAAACAUUACAGAACAGUAUUGUACAUUGCACACUAGACUACGGCUCAGCCAAUAAUAUAACGUUGCUGGCGAGAAAUAGCGGCAACUGUACUUAUUAUCCAGCCCAAGAAUUUCAUAAUUUCACUUUGAUAGCGACAAAUGUUUUAGGAGAAUACACGAAUAAAAUCUCCAUAAACACCCAUAAGAGCGUCGUGCCGCCAAAAUUGCAAAUCAAUGUGGAAAACAUAACCUCCGAUAGCGUAUAUUUAUCUUGGAAAGACCGUAAGCAAGAUUACUAUAAGGACAUUGGUUUGGAAUAUAACAUUACGGUUGAACCCUAUGGCUACAAAAAAUACAAUUUAACUAAAACCCAUUUAACUGAGUACAGUGAAAAGUUGGCAUAUAAUUUCACACUCCCAAACCUGCCCUAUGCCAACUGGCAAUAUGUUUUGAGUGUCAGAGCACGUGUUAAUUGCAAUACAAGUGAAUGGAACGAACCAACUCAAGAGGUUUUCACAACUGCGCCGCGUAGACCCGAUCGUGCGCCACACACUUAUGUUGGUGGUUUCUACAUUAAUGAUAAAGACAUAAUAACCCUAAAUUGGGAGGAUUUGGCAGAUUACGAGAGAAAUGGUGAAAACUUCACUUACGUUAUUCAAGAAUUGAACAUGGAUGGACAAGUGUUAAACUCAAAAGAAACCAAUAGCACAACAGUUGGCUUUCGCUGGUUUGAGAAGCCAGAGAAGCCUGAAAUUAGAAUUUAUAAAAUAUUCAGCAAAAAUGCAGUCGGUGCAUCAUCAAAUGCAAGCAUAAUACGAGUCGUCCCACCCACAGAUUUAAGUCCGCCAUUACAAAUUGAGAAGUUGUUUGAAAAUGGAGCAUCCAUAUUAAAAUGGAAGCAUCCACCUAACUACGAAAAGCCACCACCAAGCAACUAUACUGUCUUCUGGUGUCAACAAAUGUCGAUGAAGAAAAAGGAGUGUGAUGGUCCCAUGCAUUUCGCAGUUGUAGAAAACACGACAACCAAUUAUCUUAUACACGCGAAGUAUGAACUUGUAAUGGCCGUGGCAGCCAACUAUCCACACGGAAGUAGUGGACUUUAUUGGAACGAAUGCUUUAACCAUUUAAAUGCAUCAUUAGAGCAGAUAAUGCUGUACGAGCCCGUCAUUUCGGAGUCAAGCAUCUUUUUAAGCUGGAAACAUCGAAAUUGUAAGAGUGCGUUCGAUGGCUACAAUAUAACCUAUUGCGAAUGGAACAAUAACAUGGUAUCCAGUUGUCAUUCAAAGCUCGAAACAUCGACACAAAGUAGCAACUUCACUUUAACGAAUUUGAAAGCAUAUACAUUUUAUAACAUCAGCAUACAGUUAUAUGGCGUUAAUAAUCGAAAGAGCCCGCCCAGUGAAAUAGUGGAACGAACAGAUCCAGCAGCACCUGAACCGCCAACUAAUCUAAAUUAUAUGGAUGUAACAAGUUAUUCGGCGAAAAUUUCAUGGAAAGCGCCGACCGAAACCCGUGGAAAUCUGACAAAGUAUACUAUUUGCUAUAAAAAAUACAACGCAACAGAAAUACACAAUGAGACCACCACUGACGUGACUUAUACAUUAAACGACCUAAGCAGUGGAUCUGUCUAUGAGGUAUGGCUAACGGCGUGGACAACAAAGGAAUCAAUUAAGAGUGCAUCAGUGAAUAUCACCACCAUGAUUGGCA